CUCACUUUUGGUCGCAGCUACCAAACGGCGUGUACCCGCUAGAGAUAUAUACAUACAUAUAAGAUAAUAAGAUAUAUAGCACCACAAGCAAGUCGAUUACAAAAUAGAACCCGACCGAACCCGGAACGCAGGCAUUCACAGAGUAUCGCCCGGUUGAGAGACUUUUUCUUGUUUUUUUUUCCGUUGUAAAAUCAAAAAGGAAACGUUUUCGAAACGUGUGCAUUUUGCAUUGUGAGUGGAUCGAGUCGAAUCGUAUCGAAAAUCGCAUCGAUUUGGAAACUUGGAAGCCCGAGCCGUCGAGGAAUUCCAGCCAGCCGAAAAGUCAGGAAUAAGAGGAGCCACUUCCACAAAAUCCCAGACAGAAAAGUGAGUGUGAAAAGCGGCAGAGUGUUGCGGAUCCAGCUAGCGAUCGCCCCCCGUCCGGAACAGUCACCCACCCAGUCGCGCAUCCGCCAAGCUGCAAGAUCCCAGCCAGAGCCCGGAGCCCAAUCCAUCCAAGCCGAGUGCAGCCAUGACGGACGUAUCGCAUGAACUGGGCGCCUUGCGCUUCGUGGUGGACUCGCCACUGUCCUCCAAGGUGGCCAUGUUCAACAACCAGGCUACGCAGCACAAGCAGUCGCAGCUGCUGAAUCCAUUUUCCCAGGACGGACGCGCCGCCUCGCCGAAACCCACUUUCUCGAAGGAUCAGUAUGGAAAACCACUGGCCGGCAGCCUCACAGAGAUGCGUGGCCAGAAGGCUAACAUCCACGUGAUGAAGGAGAUGCUGGAGCUCUGCCAGAUCAUCAAUUCGGAGGGCUACGACGUCAAAGACGAGCCCACUAUGCGUGUGAUCCCCUUCGGCGAACUGUUCAAUAUCUACAACUACAUAUCCGACAAGGUGGUGGGCAUCCUGUUGCGGGCCCGCAAACACAAGUUGGUAGACUUCGAGGGCGAAAUGUUGUACCAGCGGAGGGACGAUGACGUUCCCGUCUUUCUGCUGAAGCCCAUCAAGGAAAUACGCAGCGAGAUGGAGGCCAAGAUUGAAGACAUCAAGAGGGCGGCUAGUCCGGCGCCUCCGCAGUCCACCUCGGUGCUGAUGGAUCGCAGUGCUCACGAACAGAAACUGAAGUCGAGGACUCCCUCGCCGGCCGUGGGCAAGUCCGCCAAGUCCAAGUCAGCGUCGCCGGCUCCCAAGGCUCCUGUACCUGUUCCUGCGCCUGCUGCAGAAGUCACGCCUGUGGCUGGGCCCACAACUUCUGCAGAGCCUGUGACAGAGUCCACUACGGCAGCAGUUCCAGCUCCGUCUACAGAGCCCACACCGGCAACAGCUUCUGCACCUGUGGAAGCCCCUGUUUCGAGUACCGUUGAGAUCGAGCCAGCCAAGCCAGAGGUGACCGAACAGGCACCCGUGGCUGUGAUAGUCACAGAAGCACCAUCCACAGAAGAAACCACACCAACCACCAGCGAACCGGAGGCGGAGGAGCCAGCCGCUGCAGUUGCACCGUCAGCACCUGCUGAUGACUUGCCGACAAUUGUGAUUGAAGCCACCGCCGAGUUUGUGCGCACCGUCAGCGUGGAGCAGCUGGCGCCCAGUCCCGCAACGGCCAGCGAGUCCUCGCCAGACCAGUCCCAAUCCCAACCAGAGUCGACGCCCGCUUAAUGCGUGACAGGGAGUUUGUUAGCUGGGAAGGAAGGAAGGAACAUCCCCUUGAAUCGUUUAAAAGGAACUCUCGCAACUACUAAAGCGGCAGCUUUAAAUUGCAGUAGUUUAGUUUACGGCGUACUUAGUUUAAUUUACAAUUAGAGCAACACAACACUGAAGACAGAAACGAGAGUAACUUUUUAUUUAUUAUUAUUACUUGUAUAUUAUUAACGGACGACCAAAUGAGCCAGUUUCCUCAAUUUGUUAACCAUUACUCUAUGGAAAUGAACUAAGGUUUCCCACUCACAAGAGUUUGGAACGUGCAAGGCAAUAAAAUACUAAUAAAAUAAAUACACGUACAUAGACACAUAA